CCAAACACAUACUCUCUUCAUCUCACACGUGUCCGUCUCUCUCCGUCACUCCAAACACCCCCUUUCUCUACCUCUCGGCUGCUCCAACGUCCGGCGAAGCCGCCACUUAUCGCCUCCAAAUCCAGCGACACAAUCGUCCUGCUAUCUCCGUUGUUGAAUAAUCUCAAUUUUUUAUUUGAAUACGUUUAUAGCCGCGGCGUGAUCUCUGCUGGUGUUGGCGAUCUCUGUACAGUCGCAUCUCAAGAAUGAAUCCUAGAAGGGAUCGGAAUGCUAGAGUUGCUCUUUUUGAUGGUAUUGAAGAUGGAGGUAUAAGGUCAUCAUCAUCUUACUCCUCUCAUGAGAUUGAUGAGCAAGAGAAUGAUCAAGCCAUGGAAGGGCUACAAGAUCGAGUUCUUAUGCUGAAAAGGUUGUCUGGUGAUAUACACGAGGAGGUUGAUUCCCAUAACCGCAUGCUGGACAGAAUGGGAAAUGACAUGGAUACCUCAAGAGGAGUUUUAUCUGGAACCAUGGACAAAUUCAAGAUGGUGUUUGAGGACAAAUCAAGUAGAAGGAUGUUUACACUAGUGGCAUCUUUUGUGGCUGUUUUUCUCAUUGUAUAUUAUCUUACUAGAUAAGUGAGGUAAUAUUGGAUAAAUCCUAUGCAAAAGUGUGUGGCACAGGUCAAAUGGUGUAUAAAACGAGUAAUCUCUAGUUUGGAGUAUUGGUGUCUUGCAUCGUGAUAUCAGGUGAUUGACAAUGAAGAAAUACUACGAAUAGCGUAUUUUGCGCAUUCCCCAACUGUUUCAAUGGUCUUGUUGUCGAUUAAUACGGCUGCUUCCAGGUGGAGCUUCUCUGUCUGUCCCUGCUGUAAAAAUGUGUUGUGCUGCACAUGAUAUGCUCUAAAAACAUGGUCACUUAGGUUCAUAUUUUUGCCUUCUCUCUGUGUAGUCUAAACUGUCAUUGCUAUGAAAUGUGGUCUGCUACAUAUGCGUCGAUAUAUCAUAUUUUUGGCCGGAGUAUAUAGAAAGCGUGUUCCGUACUA